AUGAUUAAACGAAAUACGUCACCAGUAUUCAAUUACCGAUGUCCAAAGUUCUUUCAAAAUAAAUUUAUUUUAAUUAUGCAAUCAUUAUCUGUUUAUGCUCGAUUGUUUGCACGUGUUAUUAGUAGUACAGAAGCUGAAAAUAUUCUUUUUAAUGGUUUAUUACGUUUAUCUUCAUCGUCUGUUCACGUAACACAAUCUUCCAAUAGUCUUGCCAUAACAUGUCCAUCAACAGCAAUCAAACACGCUGUGCAUCUAGUCACUGUAUCAUCUGGUUAUUCAAGUCAUGAUAACAAUGAACUUGAAUAUAUAACCCAAACAAAACGAAAAAAUUCUCUAAUAGAACAACAAUCAAAUUCAUCAAAUGUGUAUGGUGAUGAUGCUUUUUUUGUAACAAGACAUCGUUUAGGAGAUUUUCUCGGUGUUGCUGAUGGUGUUGGUGGAUGGCGUGAACAUGGUAUUGAUCCAUCAUUAUUUUCUCGUUCAUUGAUGGAUGCCUGUAAAUCCUUAAUUGAUAAUAAACUCAUUGAUUUAAAUCCGUUAACAUUGAAAGAAUUAUUAUCAAAAGGUUAUAAAAAGCUAUUAGAAGAUAAACAAUGCAUUAUUGGCAGUAGUACAGCGUGCAUUGUUGCAUUACAUAACGAAGAAAGAAUAUUACAUACAGCUAAUUUAGGUGAUAGUGGAUUUGUAGUUAUACGAAGAAACACAAUUGUGCAUCGAUCACAAGAACAGCAGCAUUAUUUCAAUUCGCCAUUUCAAUUAGCCAUUCAUCCAACCAUUAAAGAUCCACGUUUAAUUGCUGAUAGUCCCGACUUAGCAUCAGUCACUUCAUUUCAUGUCGAAGAAAAUGAUUUUAUUGUUAUUGCAACAGAUGGUCUAUGGGAUAAUUUACCUGAUACUACAAUACUUGAAGAAAUGAAACAAAUUAAAGAACCAACAUUGGAUAAUUUACAGAGAAUAGCACAUAAAUUAGCCAAACGUGCACUGAAAAAUGGUUAUGAUCCAAAUUUUUAUUCACCAUUUGCUCGAAGUGCUAAAAGAUCAUUGGGAAUUAAUAUUUGUGGUGGUAAACCCGAUGAUGUAACUGUAUUACUUGCUGUCGUUAAAUCGACAUUUGUAUGA